AUGCCGUCGUCGUCGUCGCUGCCGCUGCCGCCCAACUACUUUCGCCCGCCCAAGCUGGCGCCGCUGCACCGCGCCAACCUCAUCACCAAGGCGCACGAGGUCGUCCAGGACACGGUCAAGAACGCACUCUCAAUGGCCAAGCUGCCCAUCAUCAAGGUGCUUUUAAACCCCGCCACGCGCCGCACCGCCAACAUGCACGAAGGGGUCGAUCUCAAGGAUCCAUCGCUCAUUGGCAUGACGUGUGUGACGCCGGUGCGCGCCACCUUUGACGAGGUCGCCGACUUUUACACGCUCAACUCGCCGCGCAAAAUGCGUGCGUACGCCGGCGUCGUGAGCCAAAACGUGCUGGACCGGGUCACCUUGUACACGCUCGUGGGCGACGACACGGACUUGCACUUGCCAUUGACGCACGUGACGGUGAUCUGGAGCGUCAUGGAGAGCAACUUCUUGGCCAAGUCGAUUGCGAUGAAGCGCGACGCGUGCUACCUCGAGUGCAUUAGCGAAAACUACCUGGAAGACCCGGCGACCGGCACGCUGCGCCGCGCAUGGGUCCGCGCCGUGCACUCGGUCGACAUGCCGUGCUGCCCGCCCAUGCAGUCGUCGCACGGCUUUGUACGCGGCCACCUCGUGCGCUCGGGCCAAGUCUUUUUAGAGACCGACACGCCGGGCGUCCUGGACUUUUACUGGUGCUGCAUCACCGAGCCCAACGGCCGGCUCCCCAACAUGAUUCACCGCAAGGUGCUUCAGGGCAUCGUGAGCCAAAGCUUGAACCUCGAGCAGCACUUUUGUAUUGAGCGCGCCAAUGCGUACUUUGCAGCCCAAGCAGCCGCGUCCGAGCCGAGCCAGCUGCCGGUCAAGUCUGUCAAGAAGACGGCGUUCUGCGAGCGCUGCGACGUCAAGUUUGGCCGGUUCUCGACCAAAACGCAGUGCCAAAAAUGCGGCUGGGUGGUCUGCAAGCGCUGCUGCAAGGCGUGGCCACUGCAGAUUGCGGGUCAUGUGGUACCCACGGUCCUCUGCACGCACUGUCUGUGCAGUCGCUCGGACGGCGCGUCGUCAGCGUAUGCCAACCAAGUGCCGCUCCUCGAACUCGAGGGUCACAAAUCAUCAUCCCACCUCGUAGACGACGACGACGACGACGAGGAAGACGGCGCGAUUUCCACGUGCACGGACGCGAGCUCGGAAGACUUUUUCGCCUUCAAGACGCUGCGACGCGCCAACACCCUCGACUCGGAACUCGGCGCGGUCUGGGGCGACGACGUCCCGGACCUCGCCGUGUCCGAGUGCAGCAGCCAGAGCUCGUUCGCGCCCUAUUUGUGAUCAUGUGAGGGCAUUCUUUAUUUAUGC